AUGCGCAGCUUUUAUUUCGCUCUCCUCUUGGCUCCAACCGCCGUCCUUUCAGUUGAGAUCAACAUUAACCCUGGAACCGGAGAGCUAUGCUGCGACCAGGGUACACCAGACAGUUCCGAAUCCUGCAAAGGUUUAGGUUUGAACUCAUACUGUAAUGUGUAUAAUGCAUUCAUUGGGUGCGCAAAGUGA